ACUCCUCUUUUCCCGCCCCAGGAAUUUCCGUGACAAUCCAGGCCAAAACACUUUUCGUCGUCUAUUUCGAGUUAAGCACCAAAUUUUACUGUCGCCAUAAGUUUGCCUAAAUCUGUGAGUGUGAAGCGAGCCUAAUUCUGUUAGUAGCGCGGUGACAGUGUCGAUAUGUGGACGUGUGUUGGAGUGCUGUUGGCCAUCGUUGGUCCAUCGUUGGCCAUCACGCGUGACCAGUUCUACCCCUUCGGUCGAGGGCAGGACCUGGAGCUACCUCGCGGGGCUGAGGUGGCGUCUCCGGAGAUCGCGCUCAAAGUGCCCGUCAGAUUCUAUGGAGAAACGUACGAGACUCUGUUUGUGAACAACUUCGGAGUGGUAUCAUUCCGCGCUGACAUCCAGCAGUUCCUCAACUCAGAGUUCCCCCUCCCCUACCCCUCCGUGGCCGCCUUCUACACCAACAUCGACACCUCGCUCGCUGGCAACGUCUACUACCGGGAGACCAACGACCCUCACAUCAUACUGAAGGCCGAGGAAAGCAUCCAAACCAACUUCCACGAGUACUUCGACUUCCAUCCGACCAGCGUCUUCAUCGCGACCUGGAUCGAUGUCACCUACUCCGGAAAUCAGGACAAGAAGAACAGCUUCCAGCUAGCUCUCAUCAGCAACGGUACGGAGAGCUUUGUGGAACUGCUUUACCCGGAGAGGGAGAUACAAUGGAUCCAGAAGGAACCCCUGCCGGGCGCCUUGCCUGACGCCAAGGCGCAGGCUGGCUUUGUAGCUGAAGAUGGCCGAGUGUACACUUUGAGGGGGUCCGGGACUCAUCAGGUGCGGAAUAUUAUGUCAUGGUCAAAUGUUCACGAACCAGGGAAGUAUGUGUUCAGAGUGGGAGAAAUACAACCUGAAGGAAAUAUUGCUGCACCAGACAACUAUAAUCAAUACGACUUGGAAGCAGAGGAUGAAUACAAGACUUGUGCCCAGAGCGGCGCCAGUAUGUGCCACUUCGAAGCCAGAUGCGUGGACUACCAGGCGGGGAUCUGCUGCAAGUGCAAUGAAGGCUUCUACGGCAAUGGAAAGUCCUGCAUUAAAGAUAACGUCCCACUACGAGCACACGGCAAGUUAAAUGGACAAAUCAACAAUGUAGACUUGAAUGACGUGGAUAUCCAAGCAUACAUAGUUGUAGGUGAUGGUCGCUCAUACACAGCACUAACACAAGCACCGGUUCACCUAGGUAACAGCCUACAACUCCUAAACAUCCUCGGGGGCCCUAUGGGUUGGCUGUUCGCCAAGCCUCAGGGAAGCGCCAAGAACGGCUAUCAAUUAACUGGAGCAUUACUCAACUACUCCGCCGAAAUCUAUUUUCCAGCUUCCAACGACAAAGUGUCGGUGUCUCAAGAGUUCCUAGGUCAUGACGUUUUCGACCAAAUCACUGUCGAGUCCGACGUAAGAGGUACCAUUCCAUUCAUAGGAGGAGAUAACACAAAACUAGACGUUUCAGAAUACGAAGAACAAUACUCUAUUGUUGAAUCUGGGCUAAUACGCUCGGAGUCGAACCGUACAUUCGUAAAUAAAAGAACAGGUGAAAGGUACGAACAAAGAAUUUCGCAAAUAUUCAGCUUUAAUGAGCCAUGUCGGUAUGAACCACCAACAGAAGAUUCCAAUACACCUAUCACUUUGAAAGUUUCCAAAUCAUUGAUAAGCUAUGAGAGUAGAGACAAUAUAGUCAGAUAUGCGAUGAGCAAUAAAGUAGUUCCGCUCGGUCAAGACGACCCGUGCAUUGUCGGCCGCGCGUCGUGCGGUCUCCACAGCUCCUGUGUCGUCCAGGGAAACUCAUUUACGUGUGUUUGUCCCUCUGGCUUUACACAAUCAUAUGAAGGGAGUAUGGUGAAUUGUGUAGACAUCAACGAGUGUGCGACAAACACACAUAACUGCGACGUGAAUGCUGAGUGUUACAACCACGAAGGUGGAUUCAGAUGUGUUUGUAGGUCUGAUUACAAAGGUGAUGGUGUCAACUGUGUAGAAGCAACGAGUUGCGAAGAAAGCUGCGACCCCAACGCUCAAUGCGUUUUCUCAUCAUUGAAUACUUUUGUCUGCCAAUGCAACCCCGGUUACGUUGGUGAUGGUAACUACUGUACUGAAAUUCGCUCAACGACAGCUGCAAGUUCUGUUGCUGAAGCUGAUUAUAACCAAACGUUUGUGUUGCCGCACUGCAGUAAUGACGAAUGCAUUUGUCCACCCGGGUAUUCCAACUAUGUAGAUGAAAAUGUGCCCAACACAAAGUUAUGUCGCCUGGACUAUGAACCAGAACAGACCACCAGAGAUCAAAGUGGACCUGGAAUUAGAUGUGAGACAGACGAAGACUGCCCACCCCACGCCGCUUGUUCCGGCAACUUGGAAUGCGCUUGUCUGGAAGGUUACGAAGGCGAUGGCUACGAGUGCAUUGAACGAAGCUACGACUCCAAAUGCGUGUGUGGAGCCAACGCGGGGUGCGUGGACACCGGCGCCGGAGACACCAUCUGCGUCUGCAACCCCGGCUACCAGGGCGACGGCAUCGUGUGCCGCCCCAACUACGUCUGCCUCAACGACACCGACUGCACAAACAACUCCGAAUGCCGCUACGAGCACACUCUCCAGGACUACAUCUGCCAAUGCAUCGAUGGAUACACUAAAGACCAAAACGAACAGUGCGUGCCAAUUGGAACCUCGUGCGAUGGAACUGUUUGCGCUGCUGCCGCGACCUGUCUGUUCGACACGGCUAUAGGCAUCCAUUACUGCCAGUGCAACAUGGGCUACCACGGCGACGGGUACGUCUGUCAGCCGAACUUCGGCUGCACCAACAACUCGGACUGCGAGUUGAACGCCGAGUGCCGCCCCGACGCGCUCAACAACGAAUACGUGUGCCAAUGCGUCGAGGGAUACACCAAGGAUCAGAAUGACGCGUGUAUCCUGGAUGGCUUGUCCUGUGAUGGGGCCAUUUGCGCCCGACACGCUUCCUGUCUGUUCGACGACACUAUCGGCAUCCACUACUGUCACUGCGACCAAGGAUACGAGGGAGAGGGCAUCAUUAGCUGCACUCAACUGGAGCACACCUGCGCUAUCGACAACGACUGCAGCGUCGACGGAAUUUGCACAAAGAAUGAGUACGGCUACGAAUGCGUCUGCAGGGAAGGGUUUAUCGGGGAUGGAUACACCUGCAACGAGGAACAAACCUGCAGAAACAACCCUUACCUGUGUGACACACAUGCCUCCUGCUUGAAGAGGAAUGGUGUAUACGUGUGUGAAUGCAACUCUGGCUACUUAGGAAACGGAAGCUCAUGUGAGCUGAAGCCGAGUCAACCUGGAAACUUCUUGGUGGCCAGCGACGGUAUGAUUAUCUACCGCAUUCCGUUCCAUAUAACGGCGGGAGACUACGCGACGCCCAUCAACACGGCUAUCGACCAGAUUGCUGUGUCGAUCGACGUGGACUGUCAGGCAGGAAGGGUCUACUGGAGUGACAUCGUCAGUAACACUAUCAAACGCGCUGCCUAUGAUGGAUCUAAUUUGGAAACUUUCAUUGCCAACGAUGUAAAAGCUGAAGGAAUAUCAAUUGACUGGUCCGCAAGAAAUAUAUUCUGGACAAAUCCUAGCAAACAUAGCAUUGAAGUGGCAAACUUGGACACAAAGAUAAGGAAGACUUUGUUUUCUGAUCCCAGCAUCGCCAACCCUCGAGGAAUUGUUGUUCAUCCUCAAAGAGGAAAAGUAUUCUGGUCCGACUGGAACAGGCAAGCGCCGAAGAUCGAAUGGGCGAGCAUGGACGGCUCACAGCGGGGGUUGUUCCUAGCCGCACCAGACGUCAAACUUCCCAACUCCCUCGCCAUAGACUGGGCCACUGACCGCCUCUGCUUCUCUGACGCUGGGCUGAAGACCCUGGAGUGUGUCAGUAUAGACACGAGGAUCCGGGAGACCGUUGCCACGGAUUGCUCGUAUCCGUUCGGCUUGGCUAUCAAUAAGGAGAGGUUCUAUUGGACCGAUUGGAGAACGUUAAGAAUCGAGUACAUAGACGAGGGAACCCGCGUGAAAGGCCACUUACCCGUGACUGUCGCCUCAAGGAAGCUGUACGGGGUGGCCAUAGCCCCGGAACAAUGUUCCACGGCCAGUAACGUCUGCCAAUACCGGAAUGGUAACUGCGAGUACAACGAACUUUGCCUUCCAGACGGCAACGGCUCCAGAACCUGCGUUCCUGGCCUAUGAUAAAGUUUAAAAAGAAAAUACCAAAGACAAACGUUGUAAAUUGUGCCAUAGA